AUGGCCAUCGUCCUUCUGGUCAUUCUGUUUGUAAUUACAUGGUAUCUUCUUGACACAUUUUACUUUAAACGGCUAAAAUACCCGGCUGGUCCAGCACCUCUCCCACUUAUUGGUAAUCUUCAUUGCAUCGAUCCCAAAGAUACCUACAAUGCUUUCAGUCAAUGGAAGAAGAAGUAUGGUCCAAUAUACACAUGCUGGUUUGGUAAUGUCCCUGCAGUUGUGUUGAGCGACUACAACGUGCUGAAUGAAGCUCUGAUCAAGAAUUCAGAUGCUUUUGGCAGCCGGUUUGCUUAUGGAAGAAUGACGGCGUUGGUCAGGGAUGGUAGGUUUAUUUUAGGUAUUAUUUGAUGACUUUAAAUCGACUUUAUUGCAAAAAUAAAAUUUGUUAAAAACUUUUAAAGUUAAAUUGUUAAGCUUUUACUUUUAGGCUAUGAAGACGUCGGGUUACUAGACGAAGGCCGUCCAGAAGUCUUCCAAGAACAACGUCGCUUCUUCUCUAGCUUCAUCAGAUCUCUCAAUUCAGAUGGCAUUCGCUUGGAAGAUCGUAUCUUUGUCGAAGUAAACGACUUCCUUGCCGAACUCCAUUCAGCUUGUUCAGAAUCUCAACCAGUAUCAUUUGUCUCAUUAAUCGACCGGUCGGUGGGCUCCAUCAUCUCCAGUCUCAUCUUCGGCAGCCGCUACCAAAAGGUACGAACAUUAUUCGUCGCUAUAGUACAAUAUAGAGCCGGAUUUUAGAAUUUCAGUACCUCAAGUCGACCAUCAACGAGUUCCUGGUCUACAUUUCGGAUCCAUUGGCGUUGAGUGUCGCGAAUCAGAGGAUUAACUUUGCCGUGUUCCCACCGUUCCGUGAGCGAUACAAGAGGAUCGAGAGGACGAGGAACAAGCUAUUCAAGUUCAUGCACGACAAGAUUAACGAACGUGAACAGUUGAAGGAGACUGGAGGUCUUCACGAAAAUGUUUGCCUGAUCGACGCGUUUCUACAGAAGAUUCACGAUGGAGUCAACAGUAAAGUUUACAAGUAGGUACUCUACUGAAAUAUUAACUUAUUUGUUCAUUAUUUUCGUGAAAUUUUAGUUUUAUGUCAAAAAAAGUUUACCGGAAAACCAGUAGCACAGUAUUUACCCUUAUUUAGGUUUGAAAACCACUGCAAGUUUUAUAUUUUUAGUCGCAAGAUGUUGGUGAACAUGAUGUUCGAUCUCUUCUCAGCAGGCCAAGAUACCACGUCUCAUACGAUUGCCUUUAUCCUAUUGUACGUCCUCAACUCUCCAGAAACUCAACUCAAAAUUCACGAGGAACUCGACCAGGUCAUUUCACAAAAUCGACCGAUCACAUCCUCAGACCGUCAGAAGCUACCGUUCUUUAACGCCGUCAUCAAUGAAGGACAACGUUUGGCCAAUCUGAUUCCAGUAAACCUUUUCCAGAAGACCUUGAGGGAUGUUACAGUAUGCGGACACCAAAUCAAAGCCGGAACUUGUAUUUUACCCCAGAUCUCAUGUGUAAUGUUCGAUGAUACGGUAUUCUCGGAGCCUUUGGAGUUUCGACCAGAAAGAUUUUUGAAUGAAGAUGGAAGCUUGAGGAAGAUCCUUGAGUUCAUACCGUUCUCAUUGGGACGACGACAAUGUUUGGGAGAGAAUAUCGCCGGCCUCGAGCUGUUCUUGUUCUUGAGCAACAUGUUCAAUCAGUUUGAGGUAAGUUUUGUGUUAAUUAUGUUUUCUGGCCAAAAAGUUUCUAGAAAAAGAAAAGAGUUAAUUUUUCAAAAGAAAGUUUUAACGGCCGUUUUUACAUAAAAUUGUGUAAAAUAUGAUUAAAAUUGUGUAAAAAACAACGAUUUUUUGAUUCAAAGUUUAUAUUGUUCUAGAUCUUGCCGGUGGACCCGGAGAACCCUCCAAGUACGACCAAAACCCUCGGAAUGACCGCCCAACCACAGCCAUUUGAUAUCAUGUUGAAGAACCGGUGGAACUAA